UGCAGAUAGGCGUCCGCCUCGUCCCUCGACUGGAAAAUAAACUCGCCGAGGAGCCGCUGAUUUCAGGUCCAUCUGGUGGAGGAUACCGCUAUAAUGGGUGUUUUUCACCAAACGGGACUUUAUAACAGUUUUCGUGCUCGCGGAUUUUAAAUAAUAAAAAAACAACACAUCUUGACACUCGCUAGCGCACGGUAGUUCUCGCCACUCUCCUAUGGUGUUGUCUCGGUGACAGUCUUCAAACGAUUUCACCGGGAGACCGUCCUAAACCACAAACAUGUCUGGGGCUUCUGUAAAAGUCAUUGUUCGAGUCCGGCCCUUCAACUCCAGGGAGACGGGCAAGGACUCAAAAUGUAUCAUUCAGAUGCAAGGAAAAACUACAUCUAUCCUUAACCCCAAAUUCCCAAAGGAACCAGCAAAGGCCUUCAGUUUUGAUUACUCCUACUGGUCACACACUACGCCGGAGGACUCGAGCUUUGCUUCACAGAACCUUGUGUACAAUGACAUUGGCAAGGAAAUGCUGGCACAUGCAUUCGAGGGCUACAAUGUCUGCAUCUUUGCCUAUGGCCAGACAGGAUCGGGCAAAUCCUACACCAUGAUGGGCAGGCAGGAGGAGGGGCAGGAGGGCAUCAUUCCCAUGCUCUGUGAAGAUCUAUUUGAGAAAAUCAAUGAGGACAAAAAUAAAGAGCAGCUCUCCUACUCAGUAGAGGUCAGUUACAUGGAGAUUUACUGUGAGCGGGUGCGAGAUUUGCUGAACCCUAAAAACAAAGCGAAUUUACGAGUGCGAGAGCAUCCGCUACUGGGGCCCUAUGUGGAAGACCUGUCCAAGCUGGCGGUCACCUCCUACACGGACAUUGCUGACCUGAUGGAUGCUGGCAACAAGGCCAGAACUGUGGCUGCCACCAACAUGAAUGAGACCAGCAGUCGGUCCCAUGCUGUGUUCACCAUCCUCUUCACACAGAAGAAACACGACAGCCAAACAGAUCAAUCCACGGAAAAGGUCAGUAAAAUUAGUCUGGUAGACUUGGCAGGGAGUGAACGAGCAGACUCCACUGGAGCUACAGGUACCCGGCUAAAGGAGGGAGCAAACAUCAACAAAUCUCUCACCACGUUAGGAAAGGUUAUCUCCGCCUUGGCUGAAGUGACACAGGAUAACUGUACCAGCAAGAGCAAGAAGAAGAAGAAGACUGACUUCAUCCCGUACAGAGACUCUGUUCUGACAUGGCUGCUGAGGGAGAACCUCGGUGGAAACUCAAGAACAGCCAUGGUAGCUGCUCUCAGUCCUGCAGAUAUCAACUAUGAUGAAACUCUCAGCACGCUGCGCUAUGCUGACCGAGCUAAGAACAUCAAAUGCAAUGCUGUCAUCAAUGAGGAUCCCAACAAUAAGCUGGUGCGUGACCUGAAGGAUGAAGUGGCUCGACUGAAGGAACUUCUCCAUGCCCAGGGUCUGGGAGACAUCCUGGACAUUGAUCCUAUGGGAGAUAAUUGCCCAGGAAGUGGAAUCAAAUGUGACAGUGCUCAAAUCUUUAUGGCACUUCUCAGUUCUCAAACUGAGGCUCAGAGCUACAAAUGGAAAGACCUCAAAGACAUUCAGAACAAUAAGAAUAGAUACUUGAUAGCCUCAGAGAACCAACGCCCUGGCCAUUUCUCCACAGCCCCUAUUGGUUCCUUGACAGCCUCACCAUCCUCUGGCUCACUGUGUAACCAGGGGCUUAUUCAGUCGGUCACCAGCAUCCAGGAGCGCAUCAUGUCCACGCCUGGAGGCGAGGAGGCUAUCGAAAGACUGAAGGAAUCAGAAAAGAUCAUUGCCGAGCUCAAUGAAACCUGGGAAGAGAAACUGCGAAAGACGGAGGCAAUCCGCAUGGAGAGAGAGGCCUUGCUUGCAGAGAUGGGUGUGGCAAUCCGUGAAGAUGGAGGCACUUUGGGGGUCUUCUCUCCUAAAAAGCUUAGCAAUGCAAGCCCAUUUGAUGACCAGCUUGAUUGUUUUCCAACCAAGAAGCUUUUCGCUGAGAAGCCUUGUGAUCUAUUUGCUGACUUUAAUGGGGUGUUUUCCCCAAAAAAGACUCCCCACCUGGUGAACCUGAAUGAGGAUCCCCUCAUGUCAGAGUGUCUGCUCUACUACAUCAAAGACGGAAUUACAAGGGUGGGUCAGGCCGAUGCUGAGAGACGACAGGACAUCGUUUUAAGCGGUGCUCAUAUCAAGGAAGAGCACUGCAUCUUCCGCAGCGAGAGGAGCGCCAAUGGACGUGUUAUCGUCAUGCUGUUGCCCUGCGAGGGAUCAGAAACCUACGUCAACGGCAAGCGUGUUGAGGACUCAAUCCAGCUUCGCUCAGGUAAUCGCAUCAUUAUGGGAAAGAACCACGUGUUUCGGUUCAACCACCCAGAACAGGCCCGAGCUGAGAGGGAGAAAACGCCGACAGCUGAAACCCCCGUCGAGCCGGUGGAUUGGACCUUCGCUCAGAGAGAGCUUCUGGAGAAGCAGGGCAUCGACAUGAAGCAGGAGAUGGAGAAAAGGCUCACGGAGAUGGAAAUCUUGUACAAAAAGGAGAAGGAGGAAGCCGACCAAAUGCUGGAGCAACAGCGACUGGUGUACGAGAGCAAAUUGCAGGAACUUCAGAAACAGGUGGAGACUAUUUCUCUGGUUGCUGAGACACCUGAUGAAGAAGAGUUGGAGGAGGAGGAGGAGGAGGAAGAAGAAGAGCCUAAACUUCCAGGAUUGCCGUGGACUCAGCACGAGUUUGAGUUGGGUCAGUGGGCUUUCAGGAAGUGGAGGUACCAUCAGUUCACCUCCCUCCGUGACCAGCUGUGGGGGAACGCCGUCUACCUGAAGGAGGCCAAUGCUAUUAGUGUAGAGCUAAAGAAGAAAGUCCAGUUCCAGUUUGUCUUGCUGACGGACACGCUGUACUCUCCAUUGCCCCCCGAGCUCCUGUCCUCACAGCCAGAGAAGGAGCGUGACUCCAGGCCUUUCCCCCGCACCGUGGUGGCCGUAGAAGUUCAGGACCUGAAGAAUGGAGCCACGCACUACUGGUCCCUUGAGAAACUCAAGCAGAGGCUGGAACAGAUGAGAGAGAUGUAUGACCGCGCUGGAGAAAUGGCCUCCGCCAACCAGGAGGAUGACGAGGGCCCUCUGACGGGAAAUGACCCCUUCUAUGAUCGCUUUCAUUGGUUUAAACUCGUGGGGAGCGCGCCCAUCUUCCACGGUUGUGUUAACGAGCACUUGGCUGACCGCACUCCCUCGCCUACCUUCUCCACCACUGACUCGGAGAUUACAGAGCUGGCGGACGAGCGACAGAGCGAGAUGUCCGACUUGAUAGACGAUGAGGCUUUUGUGGAUGACACCAGCUCCGAUACCGGCACCGAAGAGGGCUCCGACAUCUUCAGUGACGGCCAGGAUCCCUUCUAUGACCGCUCCCCCUGGUUUAUCCUGGUGGGAAGAGCUUUCGUGUACUUGAGCAACCUGCUGUACCCUGUACCACUGGUGCACCGUGUUGCUAUAGUAACGGAGAAGGGCGAGGUGCGUGGGUUCCUGCGCGUGGGGGUCCAGGCUAUAGCUGCUGAUGAGGAGGCCCCAGACUACGGGUCAGGAGUGAGACAGUCAGGAACUGCCAAGAUUUCCUUUGAUGAUGAGUAUUUCAAAAAGAAUGACUUUCCUACCACGGUCAUGACCCGCUCGGACUUGUCCCUGGAAGAGCUGCGCUUUGUGGAGGGUCAGGGCCAGAGUUCAGAGGUCAUCACACCCCCAGAAGAGCUCAACAGAAUCAAUGACAUGGACCUGAAGCUUGGUAACAUCGCUGACACUAAGCUAAGUGGUGGUGAUGGCGAUGACCUGGCAGGCCAGCUGGAGGUGGGCAGCAUCUUUACCUUCCGUGUUACUGUGCUCCAGGCCAAUGGCGUCCCCCCAGAGUACGCAGAUAUCUUCUGCCAAUUCAAUUUCCUGCAUCGUCAUGACGAGGCUUUUUCCACUGAGCCACUGAAGAACACCGGCAAAGGAGCUCCUCUGGGCUUUUACCACGUCCAGAACAUUUCAGUUGAGGUCACAGAGUCCUUCAUUGAGUACAUCAAGAGCAAGCCCAUUGUGUUUGAGGUGUUCGGCCACUACCAGCAGCACCAGCUGCAUUUCCAUGGCCAGGACCUGAUUAGUCCACCAACACCAUCGAGGAAAUACUACCCUAUUCCCAUGCCUCUGUCUAAACCAGACCAUACCCGUAAGAUAGAGUUGGUCCGCUACCUGAUGACUGGCUAUGUGAACUGCAAAGUGCUGGACACGCUGUCCGAGCACGCCAACGCCCUGGCCUCCACUGCCGUGGCCAGUCUGGAGGAUGAGGCUGACCAGCUCUCUCACUUCAUCUUCCUCCCAGUGCCCAAUGACCCUGUGCUAAUUGUGCCCAGGCACCAUGUUGCAGCUACCAAGUUGAACACCAUCACCAAGUCCAACCUGGGUCAGUGCGUCAGCAAGUACGACCUGCUGGUCUGGUUUGAGAUCAGCGAACUGGAGCCCACCGGAGAGUACAUCCCAGCUGUAGUGGAUCACAGUGGAGGCCUGCCCUGCAAUGGCACCUACCUACUGCACCAGGGCAUCCAGCGGAGGAUCACUGUGACUCUCAUCCAUGAGAAGGGAAGCGAGCUCCACUGGAAGGACGUUCGCGAGCUUGUCGUGGGUCGGAUCAGGAGCAAGACCGAAGUGGACGAAAGCGCCGCUGACUCUGUCCUGUCCCUCAACAUCAUUUCUGCCAAGAACAUUAAGUCGUCCCACAACUCCAACAGGCUUUCUAUUGAUAAGGAUAUUGAUAGGACGUUUUACCGCUUCGAGGCAGUGUGGGACAGCUCCCUGCACAACUCCCUCCUGCUAAACCGAGUCACUCCUUAUGGAGAGAAGAUCUACAUGACCCUGUCUGCAUAUCUGGAGCUGGACCAUUGCAUCCAGCCUGCUAUUAUUACCAAAGACAUCUGCAUGGUCUUCUACUCCAGAGAUGCAAAGAUCUCUCCUCCCCGUUCCCUCAGGAACCUCUUUGGGAGUGGAUACUCUAAAACCCCUGACUGCAAUCGAGUCACUGGCAUCUAUGAGCUGGGCUUGUGCAAGAUGUCUGACUCUGGAAGCCCAGGGAUGCAGCGUAGGAGGAGAAAGAUUCUGGACACAUCGGUGGCUUAUGUGCGUGGAGAAGAGAACCUGGCUGGCUGGAGGCCCAGAGGAGACAGUCUUAUCCUGGAGCACCAAUGGGAGCUGGAGAAAAUGGAGCAGAUGCAUGAGGUGGAGAAGACCCGUCACCUGCUACUGCUGAAGGAGAAGCUGGGAGAUGAUGCUCCCCUGGGAACAGCUCCCACCACCAAGUCCCUGAGCGAGUUGCUAUCCCCCAGCAUGAGCACCGGCAGCCUGUCCACCUCCACCUCCAUCUCCUCGCAGAUCUCCAGCACCACCUUUGAAAGCGCCAUCACGCCCAGCGAGAGCAGCGGUUAUGACUCGGCCGACAUCGAGAGCCUGGUGGAUCGUGAGAAGGAGCUCGCCACUAGGUGCCUUCGCCUUCUGACACAUACCUUCAACAGUGAAUAUAACCAAGUGUUCAACAGUAUUAGUGACUGCAAGCUGUCUGACAUCUCACCGAUGGGACGUGACCCAUCAGUGACCAGCUUCAGCAGUGCCACUCUCACCCCCUCCUCCACCUGCCCUUCUCUGUCUGACUCCCGCUGUGGUUCCAUAGACCAGAGGACCCCAGAGAACAGCUCCCGGGCCUCCAGUCCCUCCUGCUCCGACUAUGAAAACUUCCCCAUGGUUCCGACUCUGGAGACCUCCUACCUUGCACUGGCUGGAAAGAACGAGUUCCUCAACUUGGUGCCUGAUAUUGAAGAAAUGAGGCCAGGAUCGGUAGUUUCUAAGAAAGGUUUCCUAAGCUUCAUGGAGCCGCGCUCCAACUCGUGGGUGAAGCACUUUGUGGUUGUGCGCCGGCCCUACGUCUUCAUCUACAACAGCGACAAGGACCCGGUGGAGCGGGGUGUCCUCAAUCUCUCCACAGCACAGGUGGAAUACAGUGAAGACCAGCAGGCCAUGCUCAAGACUCCCAACACGUUCGCUGUGUGCACAAAACAUCGAGGAAUCCUGCUGCAGGCCAACAACGAGAAAGACAUGAACGACUGGCUCUACGCCUUUAACCCUCUGCUAGCAGGAACGAUAAGAUCUAAGCUGGCGAGGAGGCGCAGUGGCCUGAUGAAGAACUGAGUGACUUGACUGGCACACAGGAAACCACGGCGCCAUUGUCUCUGGCAAGCCUUUUGAACAUACCAAGUGUUACACUUACUGUAUUAAUCAUUGUGAUUCUUGACAGUUUUCUCUUGUGAGUAGACUUGUGGCUUAAGUCUCCUUUCACGCGACUAAAAGUUUCAGUUCCAGAGACAUUUGCCUCCCCCUCGCCCUCCAACAACCCUCUGUCAGCUUAGCUUUCCUCCUCGCUAUUUCUCUUCCCCAUCUCCUCUUCCUCCUCGGCUUUUUGUGUUUUGGUUUUUCUGACACUGUUUCGAUCUAUUUUGGUUCCGCUUUGUCGUCAUUCCCCAACUCCCUAACUAGUAGCAUGUUGUAAUAGUCUACUUGUGUGUGCACGAUUCUUCAGAAACUGUUCUUUCUGGCCGCUAAUUUUCAGUUUGCCAAUCAUCUGUAAAGAAAGUGUCUCUAUCAGUGUUAUUUGUUUCCCGAGUCGAGUUUGAUUUCAAUUUUUGAUCUUUGUUUUUGUUUUUUAAUCAAGACGCCUGCAUGCUAACUGCAGCAGUCCUCGGGAGAUGAACAGGUUUGCUUCCUCAAAGAAAUUAAACCAAAUCAGAUAGCUUACAGUUGAAACCAUGGGAACAUGUACAAAAGCAAGGCUACUUUAAGAUCUACUGCUGCUAAUGAAUUUAGAAUUGUUUCUUCUCCUCACGGGAUCAGGUCGCCGCCUCUCUGCUGUCUCCUAAACGGCUUUAGGAAACUAAAUGUUAAGUCUGAAAAAUGUGUCCCACCUCAGCGAGACCUGAGGGCCGGCUGGAUUCCCACCGUCAUCCAUGUGAUAUUUAGAUCCCGCUCUUCAGUCCGUGCACAUUCACCAACGCCAACCCCGAUAGUGCCGUCGGUCAAGCGAUUACUUACAAUCAUGCAUUUGUGUCAACAUCCAAAAUACAUCAGAUCUCAUCAGUGAAAAUGUGACGCAACGCGGUGAAGUGGAAGGAAGCCGUGAGCAGGAGGUUGACGUGCCAAUGCUCUGGCCUUGAGGCCAGUGGAUAAUUGAUGAAGCUGCGAGCACACAGCCUGCAGUACGGAUGAUGAAUGGUCGACCACAUGACUCCCUCACUGUCAUGACAGCGCUGGGUAAAAUCUCUAAAAAGAAGUACUUACUGUUCAGCAGCACCACCGGUUACCAUUUGUUAUUUUCUAUUUGUCACUCAUCUAACUCUCAUUGGGUUGACGUUUCUUUUUUAAUUAUUAACAUUGUUUUUUUCUAUUAUGCUUUUAAUCACUCCACUUUGAAGUUUUGUAAGAAAUCUAACAGGGCAUUUAUUACUUAAGUUAUAACGAGCUAUAUUGGUGUUUAACCUUGUUUUGCACAUGAACACGUAUCUUUAGCAAGACGAGGGCAGAUGUUUGGCUCAUGAUUAUUUAUGAUUAUCAGGAAGACUGAUAAGAGCACAUAUCAAGGCGACACUGGAUAGCUGUUAUUAGAAAGAAAGACAUAUUAAAGGGACGACAUAUACGCAAAGGGUUUUAUUUCUGAUAUUGUUUAUGAAAAUAUUUGUGCUGUACAUUGUAAUACAGAUGCUACAUUUGGCUCCUGCUAAAUUAUACCUCUGUUUCUUAAAAUGCUAGACAUGUGACGAGCACAGAUGGGCAUUCAGAGAACGCUGGCCAACCAACCAGUAGUAUGCCCUCUCUCUCAUGAAAGGAACAUUAGGGUCGAAGGUUUCGAAACAGAGGUAGCCAAUGCCUGUUACAGAUAUUAGUGCAAUUAUUGAGGACAUGUGUUCAUUGGUUGCCGAUGUAAAGACACGAAAAAUACGCCUCAGAAGUCAGAAUGAGUGAAUAUUGUGGCGCGUCACUGCCCUUGGGUCAGCCAACCUGCUGGUCAGAGAAACUGAAACCUGCUGAAUUGUUUCUGAGAAAAUAUUUUGUCGGUCACAGGAAGAAAAAUAAUAAUGAAAAGCUAUCUAUGCACUGAUCAAGGCUCUCAGUGCAACGCACCUCACAUCCCCCUCAGCGUAUGGCGAGAGAUGCGUAUCGAUAUGGAGCAAACAUUUUCACGUCACUGACUAAUUUGCAGAGGUAUAUUAUUUGGGAUUGUGUAUUUAUUGUUUGCAAUGUACAUAUUAGUUUGCAGCUCUUUGCACAUAUUAAUAAAAGGUUCAACUAACUGAUCAAAUAAAGUCUGUGCGGUUUAGUUGUUCUACUCAGAGUGAACCAAAUGAUGGUGUGACAGCCUCUUCCGGUCUGAACUGGGAGAGCGUUGAAUGUACUAUGAAGAUGUACUAUGUUUUUCCAUCGUUUAAUAAAAUAUGGAAAGAAGAUAACUCAAAUGUAACCCACUUCAUCUUUUUCAGGGGAGGUGAGUUACAUGAGUUCCUCUUUAUUAGAAAGUGGUUUGAGUGGAAGUCUGCGUUUGAUUUGAAGAAUAUUUACUCACUACUCAUGCUAGUCAGCCUGGCCACUUGAAGUAUAACAAAAUUAGGUUUUUAACUCAUUUAAUUUUUUUUCUAAUAUCAGGGAAUAUAAUAUGAAGUAGCUAGUGACAUCUAAAAUGACAGUAUACUAUUGUUGUAAUGGUGUCUUUCUUCACCUCAACACUUUAAUUUGUUUUCCGUUGAUGCCUUUAAAAACAACACUAGCCAUGAUAGUUUCCAUCUUCCCCUCUGACAAUUAAUAUCAGUUCACUGCGUUCCCUUUGGAUUUGUCCACCAAAAGAAAAAAAGACAAACUACAACAUUAACACUGUACAUUAUUUGUCAGACUGGUUUCAUUUUCAUACUUAUUUUGUAAAUAUCUGUGUUGUAUGGAGCUUGAAUUAAAAUGUAAAUAUGUUUACUGUAUUUGUAAUAAUUAUAAUCCAUUCGCUGUAUAGCAUAGAUGUGUCAUGCAGAUAUCCUAAUUCUGUGUAUGGUAAUCUUGCAUCAUUGAACUGUUUAGUGAAUGAGGCAAAAAUAAAAGUGCAAACUGUGCAUUAGCAAAACAAGG